AUGCACCUCCAGCCCGCCUGGGCACCCAAGCUGCAGCCGCCUUCUGUGUGCAGGCAGCGGCCUCCAGGCAACCCCCGAGCCCGCCCGCACUCCCCACAUCCCAGAACCGGGGCCAGAUGUCCCUGUGGCUGCCGCCAAGCCAGGCGGUCUGCCCUGCGGCGGCUGCACAGGGGCGGGAACCGGCCCUCAGCCCCAUCCCCGGUGGCUGCAGAGGGUCACUGGCUAGAGGUCCUCAGCUCCAGCAGAGGAGGAGCCCGGCGGGGGCAGGGCCUGGCUGGCUCUCAGGCCAGGCGCACUCAUGAUCCAGAGGCGGCCCAGGCCAUUCUCCACCACCUGGGCGCCCAACUGCCUGGCUACUCCCAAGCUGGCUGGCGCUCCCAGCCUAGCAGAACCGGGGCUAGAUGUCGCCGUGGCUGCAGCCAAGCCAGGCGGUCUGCCCGGCGGCGGCUGCACCGGGGUGGGAACCAACCCCCCCAGUCCCAUCCCCGGUGGCUGCGGAGGGCCCCUGUCAGCGGCCCAGAUCUCUCUUCGGAGGAGGAGCGGGGCGGGAGUCACCAGGAAUAUCCUUCCCUUAGUAUCUCAGCAACCAUCCCCGGAGAGGCUCUUUGGGCUGUGGAUGUAGUACCCAGCAUCCUGGGCUGCAGAUUCAUUGAUUUUCCAUGCUUUGAUUUGGUAUAA